AUCAGCAAACCACAAGCAAUGACAGAGAUAUCCGGCAUCGAGCAAGUUCCACGUUCUUGAAAUCCUGAGGAUAUAUAUGGGAAAGGAGAGCGUGAAGGUUAUGCUCAGAUGCACAAGCUAAUCAACUUCAAUGCAAAGGUCCUUCGAGAAAAUACACAGGAAUACUGCGGAGAAACACUUAUACCAUGCGAUCGUACAUUUUCAUGAAGGGGAAGUCUCAUUCACUAAGGAAUUGCAAAGAUUGCUUGAAUGUUUGUCCAGUAAACUUGAUAUACUUCACCUGGAAACCAGACGAGCAUCAAAGUCCAUUGCUACCAACAGCUGUUUCUUGCAGUUGAAAUGCGAAACAGUCCAAUUCGACUCAGUCGUAUGCGGUUUGCGGUCGGAGCCGUUUGUAUCGAGCAUCAAGAUUUUGGACAGCGUCGAAGAUAAUGAAGAUCGGUGGAUUCCGCACCAUAUUUCUGAUUUGGACAAGUGUCAACACCUAUUAACGAAGGUUUUCAUGACGAAGUAUACAAGAAAAGACGACACGAGAUUGCUCAGUUUGCGUUCAACUAUAAGUACGGUGAACUCAUCCCUGAAGCGUACGUAUAUCGCCUUGAAGGAGAGACACGAAGGGCACGCAUGCCAGGAAUACACAGAUGGAUUUCGAAUAUUAGAGCAAAACGGUUUAUUCAGCCCGGAUCUUAUUCCAAGUGUCAGGGCCGUGUCUGACUUUCUAAAAAGGACAUCUGGAUUUCAAUUGCGCCCAGUCGCUGGCCUUGUAUCGUCAAGGGACUUUCUGGCAAAUUUUGCUUUUCGAGUGUUUCCCUGUACACAGUAUGUGAGACAUCACAGUCAACCACAACACACCCCCGAACCUGACCUAAUCCAUGAAUUCUUGGGCCAUAUCCCACUGUUAACCAACCGGAAAUUUGCCGAUUUUUCCCAAAUGCUUGGUCUCGCCUCACUCUCUGCCUCGGAUGAAGCAAUAAAGAAAAUCACUACACUAUUCUGGUUCACAGUGGAGUUUGGGUUGUGCAAUGAGAAAAGUGGCCUCCGAGCAUUCGGAGCAGGUAUACUCUCCUCCUAUGGGGAAUUGGACAACGCGCUGAGCGACCAAUCAGAAAAACGGCCGUUUGAUCCAGAUACGGCGGCUAUCCAACCAUACAAUGACGUGGGAUACCAGCCCGUCUAUUUUGUUUGCGAGCGUUUUGAUACAAUGACACAGCAGUUGGAGGAAUAUGUCAAAAAUUUGGUGCAUCCGAAACUCUGGCCACGUUAUGAUCCGAUAACCGAUUCGGUAGAACUAUUAAACAUGGAACAGCAAUGCCUAGAUGUUUUGGAACGUCUAUCUAAUAGUACCAGUGAAAUGAAGACUAUUGUCGAAAAACUAUAUGUAUUUGAUUUGCAUGGUGCAUAACCAGCGGUUGAUGUAGUUCCAUUUUCCCUAAUAAUGCUUUGGUUGUAUGCUUUUUCCGCUUUCAAGAAAUGUAACCACACUGGACUUCGAUCCUUCUGUUGUUUAUUCCACCCAGCGUUUUGUUAGAUUUCGUCAUCAUUUGUAGCAUUCAUUAAACCAUUUUCA